AUGAGUAGAGGGGAUGCGGUGCUUACGGUCCGUCCGGGAGAGCUCUCUUGUCUUCCGAUUGCCCACCUGGACUCCACAGAUCUUGCCAUGCGUCUGGUGCCGAUGGAGGGAGGGCGCGAGUCUCGCGAGGUGCUGCUCUGCGAGGACUCGCCGCGCAAACAGCUUGAAGUGGCAGCCUCACGUGGGGCGGACUCCAUUGGUCGUCUCAAGGUGUUUUCCUUUGCAGAUGUCUCGGCGUAUGUUGAUGUGACGUAUCAUUUAAGGGGUCCCGUGCUCACUAUGCUUCUCGCCCCAGCCAGAUCUGGCAUUCAUAAUGGCACACGAUUUUCCAUUCGACUGGUUAUUUACAUAAAUGGUGACGUCGUUGAGGAGGCAUGUGUGUGUCCUGACGAGACAUUUGUAACGCUCCGACACGACCCAUUUGGUCCCCCUGUGGAGUAUCUUUUUGAAUGCGUCAUCUACGGCGAAAGAUAUGUUGCGAAUGAGCGUGUUGACCUUACCAUUGUUGACUCAUCAGAAGGGGAGUGCAUUGUGAUGAAGCACGAGGAAUUUCCUCGGCGUUACUUUUUUGAACUCAGCAUUGAGGCUCGACAUGUUGAAGUAUUUGGUGGAGUCGCUCAGGUGCAUAGUCUGGUGCCACGGUAUAUAUUUGGGCUGGAAAACAACUCACACAUGGAUGUUGAAUUUACAUCCGAGGCGGGGGAUUCCAUUGGCACGUUGGGUGGAACUCCGCUUUCAUGCUCCUCUGGACGCAACUUCGCCUAUCUCCCGCUUCAUGCAUCGCUUGUGCUGCAUGUGGAAAAGGCAACCUCGUCGGCGUUUGAGGUUAAUGAGAGCUUGGAGGAGCAAAUGCUUCUUUGUAAUGUCCCUGAACAAAACGAAACACGGUGUGGGUCUCACUGUUUUUUCCUUCGCGUUAAAGAGGAGGCAGCUGCGAGGACCAUGGAGUUGCUUCCAGCGGUGUUUAUUCUCAACAUGGAUGCUGCUCGAGGUCUUUCGGUGCGGCAUACCAUCUGUGCUAAGGACACCAGCAGUAGGGGCGAAGAGCAAUGGGUGCAUCGAGUGGCUUUGCCGGCCGCUGGUGUGCUUCCCUACACCUUUGUUUCAUGUUGUGGGUACUUGGACACGUUUGCGUUUUGUUGGGAGGAAAACGGCGGGGCACCUGCGUACUCCGCCCCGGUGGAAAUGCCAUUUGCUUCAAAAACAGAUUGGACUGGUAUUGUGCAGUGCGGGCAAACGUAUCACAUGGUGCAAGUGCGUAAGGAGGGUUCCUGUGACCCCACCACGGUGAUAGUAGGUGGGCCGUGCAACAGGCCGUCCUUGACAUUGGUAAAUUUGACACCCAAGAGCUUCCACGAGGUUGACGCCAUGACCGUGUCAUCAUCUAUGCGGCCUGUGACGAAUGACGCGGUGUUGCACCUUUCUGAGCAGGAAAAGGAAUUCGUGGUGCGUUUGACCCGCAACACCGCUACCGAUAUUGGUGACGAAGUUACGGCCUUUGUCCGUCCUCAUUGGGACGCUGCCACGGUCAUUUUGUCUCUUUUUCCGCUGAACGCAACCGUUUUAUUGCCCGGUGGCGCAUGCUCCGCCGUUAAACCUCAGCUGAAAGGGGAGGUCGAAGACGUUGCAACUGAAAUACCAACAACGAUUCGGGUGGAUGUGAAGGUCUCUCAAGUAUCUUUCAUGGUUCGGGAUGAGAAGGAAAGUUCCGUUCUUUUCACCGUGGAAAGUAGCGAGUUCUGGAUGGUGUACCACUCCCUCACGCUGACAGCACAGGGUACAAUAUCAAAUGCGUCCGUUCAAAGCAUUUAUGAAUGCAAGAAAUGCCAGGUCCUUAAACCGUUUUGCUUUGAUAUGACAGUGCGGGAUGUGGAGGUGUUGCGCCACACAAUAUCCGUGUGUGCUGCCCAGCUGAAUGUGACGCGGCUAGAGGUGGAAUUGUCCGAUAUUCUUCUGUACCAGUUUGAUCAGUUGGCUGCCCAUUGCCAAGAUUAUUCAUUGAAGAGGAGUGGGAGGAGGGAAGGGUGUACAGUUGCCAACGCAUGUCCAGUGAUUGCCGGCCCACACCGCCUUCCGUGUUCGCAGCACAGACGAAUUGAACUGGGUUCGGUGGUUAUAUGUGAGAUAUGCGUCAUUCUCACGUAUGACAGGAGUCAGCAACCCCCUACGGAUGUGCUCUUCCGCGGUUCCCCGAUUGGGAAGUUCAUUCCAUCGCUGCGCCGUGCCACACUGAGGCUGCCUACUGUACGUUUUCGGGAUAUCUCUAGAGAAACUUUGAUGGACGUAUGCGGCAUGGUGCAGGAGGUAAUGUUUUUUGAGUUUUUGAAGCAACUUCCAAGCUUUGUUUCGAGUGCUGUCUUGUUCCCGACGCUGUCUCCAGUUGGCAGCAUUUUGGCGCGCGUGGGGUCAUUUAUAUUUGGCUCUAGCGGCGCCGCCUCUGAACUACCAGGCGCCACGCUGAUUUGA